AUGAUGAAAAUGAGACAUCCUUUGUUCGCUCUGCUAAUUCUGUCGAUGGUGAUUGUAAGCUUCGGAUACAAAGUAAAGGAUAUAUAUAAAUGGAAUAUUGCUGAAUUUAAAUGGCUAUCUAAGGAACAUAAGGAAGACGCGCUACGUUCUGGCAUUUAUGACCCUACCAAGUGCAUGAUCGAAGACGCAAAUGAAGCAGAAGAUGGAAGACUAUUCAUUACUGUUACCAACAUAAAUGAACAUGCUUCACCUGCUUCUUUGACGACAGUAACUAAUAUGACAGAACUAGAAGAUCCAAUUUUAGAACCAUAUCCAGAUUGGAAAUGGUACAAUAAUAGCUGUAAUGGUAUUACAAAUGUUUACCGAGUAGAUAUUAAAUGCAAUCACAUUUUCGUUCUGGAUAGCGGUAAAAUUGGGACCGAUCAAAUCUGUGAUCCAAAAUUACUGAUUUUCGAUUUAAAAGAUGAUACACUAGUUAAAACUAUUAACAUUCUACAUCAUAUUGCUACGAAUAAAUCGGGUUCUGGAUUAUUAAUAAAGCCUUUGAUUUAUAUUCCAAAUGGCGAAUGCACGCAAUUUCUGGAUGAAAUGAUAGUAUUUAUAGCUGAUUCGGGAGGUUCCGGUUUAAUAGUGUAUGAUUCGUCUACAAAGCGAAUGUGCAGAGUCGAAUCUGAUUACAUGAAACCGACAGAUACUUCUUUUUCUAUACUAAGCAAAAGUUUUACGUAUGAAGGCGGCAUUUUCAGUUUAACAAUUCUUUACGAUGAUCUCUAUUUUGCUCCUGUAUCUGGAAAGGAAAUAUACAAAAUAAAUAUAAAGGAGCUAUUAAAAUGUCCAGACAAAGAAGUGGCUAAUAAAUAUACUCAACUUGUUAAAGAAUUAUCAAGCCAAACAAUAGAUCUCACAUCAGCGGGACAAUCAAUAUUUUAUAAUGAUUUUAGUGCAAUGUCUAUUCUACGCACAAAAGUUUCUAAACAACUCAACACUACAUAUAAAACGGAGAUACUAGCGCAAGACAGCGAAAAAUUUCAAUCUGUAGCUUCAAUGAAAAUUUCAAGUAAUGGGUGUCAGCUAAAGUGCAUAUCUGACAGAUUUCAAUGUUAUCAUACAUUAAAUCCAAAUGAAAUCAAUUUCCGCUAUUUCGAAAUCGAAUUAUGCUAA